AGUAGGCUACAGUAGAGAUGCAAUGAUGUAGAGAAAAUAAUAAUAAAUAAAGCAACGUGCAUAUUUUUUGUCGUUUUCAUUCUUGUUGAACCUUAGUGUCUGAUAUAGCCUUCUGAAGUCGUUGAUUUAAAGCUAAACCGUGGAUCCGACGUCAACACCAGCGUUUGUUUAAAUCUUAAAUUCAUGGACAAAGACAAGUGUGGCGACAUUCGCGCUCAGUGCUCCUGGAUGGACAUGCAUCAGUUCAUUGGUGAUCUCAUCGCAUCUGGAAACACCUUGAAGAAUCAGCCAGAUGUGCUGAACACAGCGUGGGGCGUGGCUGCCGCUGGAGGAGGAGGAGGAGGAGGAAGAGGAGAAGAGGCUCUGCGGUUCAAAGGUGCUGCACUUGAACCUCGACUACAAACUCGACCUGCACGAGACAAAUCAGAGACAGAGCCAGGCCGACACACCCAGCCCGGGACAUCACAGAGGAGGACAGAGACCAGAGACAGGAGAGAAGAUGUGCAUAACGCCUGCACCUGCCCUGGCUGCCCUUACUCCACUUCUCCACCUUCCUUUGAGACUUUGAAACCCAGACAAUCUUUGUCCUCACCCCCACGCUCAGAUGCUGUAUGCCAGGCCAAAGACCUCAGCAGCACAGCUGCAGUGAGCCUCAGCAUGUGCUUACCAGACACCACUGAACCAGGCAGCACCCCAUCUGAGCUGGAGACCAGGUCGUCCGGCCAGCCACAGAGGGAGGAUGCAGACAGAGGGACUCAGAGCCCAGACGAGACCCCUCCGUCCUCCAGCUCCUUGUCCCACCUCUCCAUGUUUCCCUGCUUGUGUUGCCAUCGCAGCCUGCAAACCUGCACUCAGAUACUGGGCCACCAGGAAGGCACAGAUUCCCCAUUUUCUCACACUCACGCCCAUCAUCAUUUUCAUCACCACCACUGUCCGAUAGCCUCUUGUUUACCCUGCCCGCAGCUCGCCCGCUCUCAUGCUCCACAGCUCUCCGGCCCUUUUCCCUGCUUGUCUUGCCAGCGCUCUUUCCCUGCCUGCACUCAGGUCUGCCACCACCAGCACAGACAAACACACACUGCGCAACAAGAGGAAAGAGGCAGGACGGCCUUGUUGUCGCUGCAUCCCUGCAUGCACUGCUCUGCCUCUUUUUCCAGACCAUCCCAGUUGCUGCAGCACCAGCGUUCUGAGCACGCCCACAAACCAUCCGGCUUCCUCUGCACAGAGUGCGGCAGGGCCUUCAACUCGCACAGCAACCUCCGCAUCCACCUCAAUGUGCACACCGGCGCCCGGCCCUACUCCUGCUCCGACUGCGGGAAGAGUUUUAGCCAGUCUGGGGCUCUGAAGAUCCACAGGCGGAUCCACACAGGUGAAAGGCCAUAUUCUUGCGGAUUUUGUGGCAGGGGAUUUCCUCAUCUGGCCGGGGUCCGGGCCCAUCAGAGGACCCACACUGGAGAGAAACCCUACUCCUGUAGCCAGUGUGGGAAAUGUUUCACGCAGUCAGGAGCUCUGAAGAUCCACAUGCGCAUCCACACAGGAGAGAGGCCCUUCAUCUGCAGCUUCUGUGGGAAAGGCUUUUCCAACCGCUCUGGGAUCCGCUUCCACUACCGCACAGUCCACGGUCUGGACCCCGAACACGCCGGAGAAGCUGGAGCUGGGGAUGCAUACCGUGGACAAGCAGGCCGUGCUUAUCCACCACCAGGGCGUCCCAGGACUUUUCCUCCAGCCAGCGUAGGUCUGAAUGCACCUAACAGCACAGAUAUCAGCUCACACGCAGCUCCACACUCCAGAGACGCUCCUGUGUCGACCGCUGCUCAUCCUGGCAGUGAGAGCGGAUCUCAGUCAGAGUCAGGCAGCAGCAGGGAGGGGCUUCUGUACGCAUGUGAAGACUGUGGCCUGCGCUUUAAGGAUGCCCCGUCCAGGAACAGACACCAGACUCUGAUGCACUACUCCUCUGAGGGGAGAGAAGAGGAGGAGGGGCAGAGGAAAGAGUUAAGCUCAAACCAGAGGGUCUGCGAUAACGGUGGAGAGUAAAUCCACGCUGUCGGUACAACACAGCAGGCUGAACAUAAACAACAACAAAACACAAGAGUAAAUAGUAUUCAAAAACAAGUGUCGAAAUUAUGUGUUCAAUAUGUGCUGUAGCUGAAUAUUGCUCCUUUCACUUUGACAAGUCUGUGAUAUAGCAUUACCGCUUUUUAGGCUGUUGUACAAAUUAAAAUUUUAAAUUUCAUAUUUGUAACAACUCAGAGGAUUUUAAGAAGAGAUACCGUUUAUAUUAUAUACAGAAGCUCAAUUGUGCCUGUUUUUGAAACAGGUGUUUAAAUGAAUGAUUUUUGAAAGAAGUUCACGCUUUGAAGAAUUGGUUGACAUUUUUCUAUUAGUGAGGAAUCCAGCCG